UUGGUGUUUAAUAUGUGAUGCUUCAGUUCAAACUGCAGAAAUAAAUGCAAGAUCUCUAUCAGUUAAAAGUAUUCGUAUACUAUUAAAAGUUGCAUCACCCAUAAUUGCUUUAAUUGACGAAUUAUCUAGCAAAAGCUUG